GAAGCAUGCUAUAAUGUUGGGCGAUCCAAGUCCAGCAGGGGCUAACAACUGGACAAGUUACAGCACCGUACCAAACUACUAUAUUACAUUCUACGAUGAAGUCAACAAUCGAUACUACAAUCACACGAAAAAUGCAACUGAAGAAUACCAGUCAUUCAUUCUGCCUUGGUGGCGUCAAGUGCUAUGGACGGUGCUGUUCGCAGGCAUGGUGGUGGUGGCGACAUUGGGUAACGUCGUAGUCAUCUGGAUCGUUCUAGCGAACAAGCGAAUGAGGAGUGUUACUAAUUACUUUCUGGUAAAUCUUUCAGUAGCUGAUACAAUGGUGUCAACCUUGAACGUCACUUUCAACUUUACCUACAUGCUGUACUCGGACUGGCCCUUCGGUCACUUCUACUGCAAGUUCUGUCAGUUCAUCGCCGUGCUCAGCAUAUCCGCCUCGGUCUUCACUUUGAUGGCAAUCAGCAUUGAUCGAUAUGUUGCAAUCAUGAGUCCUCUUAAACCGAGGCUUGGUAAAAGGGCCACUCUCGGGAUAGCCGCGGCUAUAUGGAUCGGUAGCUCCAUCAUCAGUAGUCCUAACGUCGUCUACUUCACUACUGACGUGGAUAUAUUGCCAGACGGUAAUACAAGACGAGUGUGUUUUCCCGAGUGGCCAGACAGCACCAGUGAGAAGCCUCUGUUCGAAUAUAUAUAUAACGUAGCAUUCAUGGUGCUCACUUACUUCCUACCAAUCACAUCUAUGACGUACACGUACGCGAAGGUCGGUGUGGAGUUAUGGGGAUCCAAGUCUAUCGGCGAGUGCACGCAGCGUCAACUUGACAACAUUAAAAGCAAACGGAGGGUGGUCAAAAUGAUGAUGGUGGUCGUGGUCAUAUUUGCGGUAUGCUGGUUACCGUUCCACGUUUAUUUCGUGAUCACAUCCUACUACCCCAACGUGGUCACCUACCCCUACAUACAAGAAAUAUACCUCGGCAUCUACUGGCUGGCGAUGAGUAAUUCCAUGUACAACCCCAUUAUAUAUUGUUGGAUGAAUUCAAAGUUCAGGCGUGGCUUCAAGCAGUUCUUUUGGUGUUGCGGCGCGCUUGGCGGUGAUCUCAACCGACACCGCGCCCUUGGGCCCGACAGACUCGACCGCUCCGUGCCCUCAUUCUCACCCAGCAGGAAAAACGGCACAAGUUUAUUCAAGACUACCAUCAAAACCACAAAAUUCACCAAAAAAGCACCCGGCUCUCCUCAUUUGCUACAUGUAAAUAAAUUACACAAGUAGAGGAAGCGCGAAGGCCAAUCCUGAAAAUUGGUACGAUUCGAAUUUCGUUACAUAGCACGUAUAACAAUACGCUAAUGCGGAGUACCUGACAACGACGCGGGGCGUGCGACACGCACAGCGACCGCGGAGCAAAUGACGUUCUAGCGCACAGCGAGGAACGAACGUGGAUAUGACGUGAGAACCGCCAGCGUCCCGCGCUUACCCCGCAUGAUCUCUACGGGUGAACUCUGUGAAUAGUGACUAAUCACUUC